AUGUUCCAUCACGACCCUUCCUCCGCGGUGACGCCCACGGACGCGACGCGGACGGUGGAGUACUACCGCUACGCGCUCGAGACCGGGCUCAUCUCGCCGCACCACGACCGGCGAUGCGUCUCGCCGUGGGAACACGGAUACGGCGGCGUGAACGCGCCGAACGGGGGGUUCGCGUCCGAGGCGAGGGUCCGAGCGGGAAAGAGGUACCACGAGAUGUCUUCGGAUGACGUCAUGGAGGAGGAUAAAUUGGGGGAGUACGCCGGCGUCGGGAGGUGCGCGUCCGACCGUCGACGCGACGCACAGCUGUCGCUGUCGCCUUCCUACGACGCGGCUAUUUUGACCGAGUCUCGCGCGUCCGGGCACCUCACUUCGAACCCGAAUCGACUCGAACGACCUCUGACCCUCCCGUCGUCCAUCGCUUUCGAUCUCCACAGGGAAGGGUACAGGCGCGCGAAACGGACGUGGCGACACGCGGAGGGGGUGGCUGCGAACGCGGGGUUGGAGGGCGCGGCGACGCCGACGGAGGCGCGAAGUCCGGCGGCGGCGGCGAUCGAGACGCCGACGCAACGGCACGAGCUCGGGCUGCUUCGGACGCUGAGGGACCAGCAAGUGCUCUGGGGGUACUGA